GAAUUUAUUUCUGAAUAAGAAAAUGUUGGAUAUAUCAAUAUUUACUAAAUUACUUCCAUCAAUAAAAUCGAAUGGCUUAGAUGAUUCAGUCGAUCGUUUGCAUAGUUUUGCUACCGUUAGAUUUCUCAUAUUUUGUGCAAUUUUUAUCGGUGGUAAACAAUAUUUUGGUGAACCAUUACAAUGCAUGUUACCAGCUCAUCUCGAACGAUGGUCAUCAUAUGGUCAAUAUUAUUGUUUUGUUGAAGGUACAUAUAGAUUGUCGUAUAAUAAAGCUAUACCGUCUGCUUCAGUUCGUGCAGACAUGAAAGCCGCGAAAGAUAUUAAUGUAAAUUAUUAUCAAGUAAGAGAUAAGGAGAUUCUAUUUUUCGCAAAAAAUUUAUUAAAAAAUUGA